AGCAACUGGAAGGCUUCUUUAUGUAGUCAUCCCAUCAGUUUAGGCGAUAUGGAUUCUAGGUGUUUGCUUUAUUGCCUUUGAGAGCCACCUACUUUGCCCUGGGUGCUAUCUUCUUCUUCUGCUUUUUUUGUGGGGGACCUAAUUGGGUCGUAUCUGUUAUCAUCAGAGUUUUUCCUAUAUUAUAUCCUAAGAAAACCUCAUGCUCUAAUACUCUAGCUUAGGAUGUUAGUUAAACCAAAAAUUGUGGCACUCUUCGGCCUCAUGGCCCUUGCUGUGUCUCUUUUUCCUGAUACUUGUAUGGCUGAUUGCGCCACUUCUUCCUGUGGAAACCUUCCUAUAAAAUCCCCUUUCCGAUUACACAGUGAUCCUAAGGGGUGUAGUUCACCGGAGUAUGAGCUAGUUUGCGAGAACAAUCGCACCACUUUGCCUCUCAAACUUGGUGCAUACCAAAAUUUCUUAGUGGAGGAAAUCUCUUAUGAUAAGUACACAGUUCGACUGGUGGAUGCCAGUCUCGAUAGGAAUAAAUGUUCCAUUCCUUACUACCCUUUUCUUAAAUUUCAAUGUUGGCCGUAUCAGAAUGGGCCUUCAUUUAGGAAUAUAACUGGGAAUAGCAUUAUGUAUGUUCUGAGUUGCAAUAUGCCGAUUAGCUCACCACUCUAUGUGGAUGCCUCUAAUUGCACCAAUAGCCCUUCCUCUCCGCACACCUACUUUUUUCUUUUCAAUAACCAAGCAAAGCUUUCGGAUUUCAAUGAAUCAUGCAGAAUUGAAGCUCAGUUUCCGGUCAUGCUAUCCAAUAUCUCAGGCCUCUCUGCGUCGGAUAUUUACUUUCAAAUGCUUAUGGGUUUUGAACUGAAUUAUUGGGUUUGGAUCGACUACAAUAGCCCGGAGUACUGCACUUCGUUCAGUUUGCUUGACAAGAUGUAAGUAUUCAAGAACUUUUGAAUAUCUUUACCAUGCACUAAGGGAUACCACUGUGUGUAGUUAGUAAAUCUUAAUCUUUAUUUUUACUGAAGUACACUUUUAAUCAAACUCUAUUUAGGAU